AUGCUCCGGCGCGCCCUCGCCAUCCACCCUCCUAUCCCCAAACUCCCAAUGACAACAACAUCACGACCAAAUGCCGGAUCGCCCAAACCACUCUUCAGCGGCAAUAUACCAGCUCUCCAAACCUUCACCGAAGACACCUCAGUCCCAACCGUCCACAGCCGCAUCCUCCCCGCCAUAAAACACGAUCACAUAGAACUCGAAUCCCAUAGCCACCAAAUCCUCUCAUCCACAAACCCAGACCAACAAACCCGCUUCCAAAACCAAUUCGUCUGGGAGCUAGCCCGCCAUCUCAUUGGCGAGGAGCUCGUCGUAUACCCCGCCCUGAUCACUGCUCUCCCGGAUGGCCAAGGAAUAGUAGACAAAAACAGACUCGAGCAUCGUGGCGUUAAGCACCAGUUGAAAGCGUUCCAGGAUCUAUCUUCUACGGACCCCCGGUUCGUGCCUACGCUGAAGGGGCUUAUGCGUGAUUUGGGCAUUCAUGCCAGACAUGAGGAGGAUGUUGAUUUGCCCAGACUUGAGGAGUUAUUAUCUAAAGAGGAGAGUGUCGAGUUGACCAAGUCACUGGAUCGGGUCAAGAUCUUUGUGCCCUCGAGAUCGCACCCGCUGGCACCUACAGAGCCAUUCUUUGAGACCGCUGUUGGGCUUUUGACUGCACCGAUUGAUAUGUUAGCUGAUUUGUUCCGGAAGUGGCCGGAUGGGAAGGAGAAGAAGAAGUAG